ACAUAAAUAUUAUGUUGAUUGACUGUUCUAGUCAAUCAAGUUGUGUGCAGUUCAGGAAUAAAAACGGUUAAUUAAAACAAAAAAUUAGGAAAUAUGAUGUGGAGACAUUAAUGGUGAAUAAGAUAUUAGUUAAAGUAAGUAAAACAGUGUUAUUAUUUAAAGGGAAAAUGAUUAUAAUAAGAGUUUAGGUUUGGUUUAAAAAAGGAAGAUAGCACAAUUGAUGGCGAUAACGUAUCUUAAAGUUCAAUGUCUCCCGCCAUUAAAAACCACGAAGAAGAAAAUGUGUUUUGUUUACGUCAUUUCAGAGUUGUAAAUAGCUGGAUGCGUCGUCAGGAAUGCUAUCAAUGCUAACGGUUCCAUCCAUAUGAUGUGUUGAUCUGCGGUUUGCGACCGUCUGACACUAACGUUGAGUUUGCUGAAGUUAAACGUCUGCUGCAGCUGCAGACCGUAAACAACAAAGGAUGUGAAGGAUUUUUCUGUUUUAUAGCAAACUUAUUUCCUCUCAGUAUGGCUCAACCGGCGGAGAAAGCUUAUUAUCGCUUCCUGGUUCUCUUCUUUAACUGCCUCCUGACGUUUGGUUCCUACUUCUGCUUCGACAUCCCCAGCGUCCUGCAGGACCAGUUCCAGGGGAACCUCACAUGUCCCAAUGCAACCGCGACCAACGGGACUGUGGACUGUGUGGAGGGUCUGGGCAUGAGUCCGCAGCAGUACAACCUCCUCUAUGCCGUCUACGCUUGGACGAACGCUGUGGUGGUGAUUCUGGCCGGGUUCCUGAUCGACAAAUUAGGAAAUCGAUUCGGGGUGUUUCUCUUCUCCUUUCUGUGUGUUUUGGGCUCGUCGCUGUUCGCUCUGGGCUCCCACUUCAGAGGAACUCCCUACCUGCUUCCGCUCAUGCUCACGGGACGUUUAUUAUUUGGUUCCGGAAAUGGAUCUCUGACCAUUGUGCAGAACCGCAUCACGGCCUUCUGGUUCAAAGGGAAGGAGUUGGCUCUGGCCUUCGGUGUGACGCUCGCCUUUUCCCGUCUCGGUUCGGUCCUCAACUUCUUCUUCACGGAGAAGUUUGAAGACAGAUACGGGAUGCAGUGGACGCUGUGGGGCGGCGCUCUGCUGUGUGUGCUCGGCUUCGUUGCCGCGGUCGUCGUGAGCGCUCUGGACAAGAUCGGCAUGAGGCAGCUGGGCCUCGACGGCGCCAUCGCAGAGGAGUCCCGCAAAGUGAGGGUUCAGGAUGUGAAGCUGCUGUCUCUCCGAUACUGGCUGCUGGUCCUCACCAUCAUGUUCUUCUACAACGGCAUUUUCCCCUUCAUCGCUGAUGCCAGUAAGUUCAUCCAGGAUAAAUACAGCGACUACAGCCAGAAAGAGGCUGCGUACGUAGCGGGCGCCGUGUACGACAGCUCGCUGGUGCUCUCAGCCAGCGUGGGAAUCCUGAUCGAUUAUGUGGGUCUUCGGGGAGUUUUUGCGCUGGCCUGCGCCGUUUUCACGCUGCCCGUCUUCGGACUGCUAGCUUUCACCUUCGUCCCUCCUCUGGUCUCCACCAUCUGGCUGGGAGUCACUUACUCCUUCGCUGCCGCCAGCAUGUGGCCGUCCAUCCCCCUCGUGGUGCCGCAGCCCACGCUGGGAACAGCCAUGGGCCUGGCCACCUCCAUACAGAUGGUCGGCAUCGGCGUGUCCAACCUCAUCGUCGGGCAGAUUUUGGGCACCAAGUCCAGUGAAGCUAAAAUCCCGCUGUGGCGCUGGCAGAGGAUGAUGAUCUUCAUGCUGGCCAACACCGUCUGCUGCAUCGUCGCCUCCGUUCUGCUCAACAUCGUCGACCGCAGUCAGGGCGGGACGCUGAACAAGACAACCAAAAGGUCGCGGCCAGCGGAGGGAGACGCCGAGCGAGAGCCACUGACCCGGACGCUGGAGGAGGAGGAGCAAAACCAGACCAACUCCAUCAACUCUUGAGGUUUUCUAAGGUUUUACGUCUCAGAAUGACAAACAAGCUGCUCUGCCGCAACUUAAUUAAGUACAACUAGCAUCUUUCUCCAGUCCGAGUUUUGACGGAGUAUUUGAGAGAAAACAUGGAGUAGAAAAAAUCUGAAAUCUGCCAAAAAAUCUUAAAACCAGAAUGUCUGAGUUUGAAAAAUCUUGAAAAAACUCAGGAAUUUUGUUGAAAAAAUCUUGGAAAGUUUGGAGUUUUUAAUGUCGAAAAUCUUCUAGAAAACAAACUCAGAAAUUUUUUAAUUAAUCUCAGAAAUUUUGUAGAAAAAAAACAGGAAAUUUUUGAGUCUGAAAAGUUGAAGAUUUGAUUGAAAAAACUGAAACAUUUUAUGUUAAUAUUAUAAAAUCUCUUGAAAAAUUGGAAAAUUUCUGAGUUCAAAAAUUCAUAGAUUUACCAGAAAACUUUUUAAACUUGUUUUAAUUCUUGACAGUAAACCUCAUUUAAAGACAAUAUUGUUCCUUUUACCAAAACAAUAUUGAGACUUUCUGACUUGAUUUUUUUCUUGUCCUGUUUGGAUUUAAAGGGAGACAAGAGAAAAUCUUUAAAACUACAUUUUCAGUAAAAAGUUGUUUUGUUCCAUUUUUCCUGACUUUAAUGAAAUCUGAAAUGUUUAACCCAAACUCCUCCUCCAGGCCAGAUUUAGGCACUUAUUUCCUAUUUUUUAAACAAAUAGCUGAAAAUUGAUUCUCAUUUACGGUUUUGUUUUUAAGGCUCAGUUCUCAACGUCGCCACUAGGUGGCGCUGUUUCAUUAAAUGUAAUCUUGUAACGUUUGUUCUCUUUUUAUCAGUGUCAGACAGAAAUGAUGAAACUCAUUAAAAAUAUAAAAAUGACAUGUUUUCAGAUCAAAUUCAGAAAUAUUUCAUUAAUCCCAGAGGAUUUUCUUUUUUACAUUUUAUCUCACUAGAGAUAAAAUAAAUAGUAUCUAACAAUUUUUUACAAUCAAUUGUAUUUUUUUCUCCUUGUGGUUCUUAGUUUAAAGGGAGUCAGUAAAUGUCCAGCUGAAUUAAGUAAAUAAACUACUUAUUUUAUAGUUUUUUGUGUGAUUUCUAACACUAUUCAUACUGUAGAUGUUUUAAUAAUUCAAUAAUUGUUUGUGUCAUGAAAUAAUUGUUCUGUUUUGUUUUUUCAUUGUAUUUUAAUGUUUGGAAUUUGUGCCAACAUUUUUUUUAUUUUCUUCAGUGACAUUGUGACUGUUUUUAGUGAGUUGAAUUUGUAAUUUUUGUGUUUAUUUUUUUUAAACAACCUGAAACGUUUAUAAUUGAGGUUUUUUUUUAAACCUCUCAGAUGGAAAUGAAACAAAACAAAAGCUUUCAGAUUCAGACUUACAUUUAAAAUGAUGAACGAUUAAAACGCAGAUUCACAAACAUUUUUGAAAAUGUUUCUUCUGCCAGAAUUUGCUGUUUUUUGCGGUUUAUUUGUUUUAAAUACUAGAAUUUGUUCAUAACGUUAAACGUUUGUCUGUCUGAUUCGUAAUUUAGUCCAAGUUAAAUCAGAUGUCAGGAUUGAACAGCAUUUAGUUGAAAAGAUUUUCACUCUUAACUCAUUUUGUUUUUACUUAAAUAAGUAAGUAUAUUGAAAUGUUAUUAAAACUAAUUAGUUAUUUCAAACAUUUAAAUUCAAAUACAAUGAUAUCUAUUUAGAUAAGUGUUUGUUUGAAACAGAGGCAGGCAGAAGAAUCAAUUUAUAGUUACACAUUAUUCUUUAUAUUUAAAAAAAAAAAAAGUAAAACUAAAUAAAUAAAUAUAAAAAGAAGAAAUUAUUUUCACAAAAGUCUGCCCACCUCCCCUUUGUAAAACAGUUUUAUUCAGAAAUCUUCUGGUUUACACUCGCUAGUUGUGAUGUUGUGUUCAUCCAGACCAGCAGGGGGAGCUCUUCGCUCAUUUUCAUUUCAGUCAGUAUCUUCAUUAUGUCGUUUCACAGACAUCAAGCUGUCACCUCUUCCAAGCAUUCAGACUCCUUAAAAUACCAAACUGUCCAGAUAAAUAUAGACUCUAAGGAGUUUCUCCUUCAGCUGUUUCUCCAUCUGCUUCCACUGAAAUGCAGAUUAAUUAACCGGUAAUUAAUCUGCAGCUCAAAAAAAUCUAACUAACACACAGAAGCACAUUUUGGUGUAAGAUGGUAAAAAUGAUGGUGUUUUUCAUGGUAAGACCAUUGCAAAAACACAAAACUUUACCAAAUACUUUUAGUCUAAUUUGAGUUCAAAUGUUUUAGUAGCUUGUUUUAAGUUCACACUCUUUAAUAUAGAUGGAAAAAGUUCUAGUUCUACUGUUUUAUUUCAACUGUAAACAUGGAAACAAUGUCUUGUUCUAAGUGAAAUACUCAGCAAGUGGAAUUAGAACAGGGUUGCUAGGCAACGGCUGGGGUUGCUAGGUAACUGCGUCAGUGGAACUAGAACUUUCUCAUCAAUAUUAAGAAAUUAUUGACUUAAAACAAGAUGCUAUAUCCUAAUGAAACGUUAUUAGUAAGUUAGUUUUGUCUUAUUUCAAAUGUACUGAGAUAUUUACAAUAAAAACCAGAUGAAAAUA